CAUGCCAGAGUCUGCAUAAAUGAUCCGAGAGUCAAGAGGAGGCUCUGAAUCAGCUGAGAGUUUUGCGCGGACCUGGUUCUGAUGUGGUCCAGUAGGAAGAGGCUCAUCAGGCUAUACAGAGGAGAUUUUCAAACAGUCCUCACGACUUCAUUCCUGGUUUUGAGUCUGUAUAUUUUGGAAUAAUCAGGAUAAACUCUCAGAAGAAAGGUGAGUGUGUGUGUGCCUGCCUGCCUGGCUGGCUGCUUGAGCUCUGACAGAAGACCUCAAAGAAGUGUCUCCCCCCCCCCCAUGUCACUUGGUGACAUGCUCUGAUUCAUCAACACAUAAGUACGACUGUCCUCAUCAAGUCGACUGAGAGAGAGAGAUGAGAGUGAAUAAUUCAAAAUACCUGAGCGUCUGAUGUCCUAACACACAUUUACCGGAUGUUUGAGCUGAAAGCAGAGGCAUCCAUUCAUCAUUAGUGGCGUUCUAAGUUUGGAGGCAGUGGUGAUUUCCACGCACAUGUCAGUGGUUUAAUUUUGUCUGAAGGGAUGCAAAGCGGAGACUUAAAGUGAAUGAUGAGAGCACUAAUGGAGAGACAAAGGCUGCUUCAUGAGACAAGAGAGAUGUCAUGAAGCGGAGGGAUUCAGUCAGAUAACCUGAGAUCAUAAAAGACUCCUCAUCAUCAUAAAUUCUGCCAAUUCUGAGGCCCUAAAGAAGUUCUGUCUUGAAUAUUUCACUGUACACUUCCUGGACUGUCAUGGAUUCCCACAGCGGUCCCUAUCUCAACCAUAAGGCUCUCUGCUCACCUCUGGGUGCAGCCCGGCUAUGUCAGUUAGCUUUGGGCUGUGCUGUGAUCGCGAUGGUGACCCACACUGCUGGCUACAGCGGCUCACACGGCGUGUUCUGCAUGGCGGCGUGGUGUUUUUGCUUCGCCAUGUCAGUGCUGGUGUUCUUCCUGGAUGCAACUCGUCUCUACGGCUACCUGCCCGUAUCCUGGGACAACCUCACAGUCACGUGUGCUGCCUUUGCAACGCUCAUGUAUGUGACAGCCUCUGUUGUUUACCCUCUGUUCUUUGUGCAAUCCGAGUGCCCUUACGCUGGCUGUGAUGUCAGAAAUUUCCGCAUUGCCGUCACCGUCUGCUCCAUCCUGGGGACUCUGGCCUACGGGGCGGAAGUGGCCUUGUGCAGAGCAAGACCAGGCCAGAUUGUGACGGGUUAUAUGGCCACAGUGUCCGGCCUUCUCAAAGUUGUUCAGGGCUUUGUAGCCUGCAUCAUCUUUGGUGCACUGGCCAACCGGAGUCAGUAUUCCCAGUAUGCAGGCACAAUCUACUGUGUUGUUGUCUAUGCUUUCUGUUUUGCUCUCACAGCACUGGUGAUCAUAAUGACUGUAUGCAAGCGGACCAAGGCUGUGUGCUGCAUGCCCUUUGACCGCUUUGUGGUAGUGUGCACCCUCCUCGAAGUACUGCUCUACCUGAGUGCAUCAGUGGUGUGGCCAGUGUUCUGCUUUGACACAAAAUACGGCUCCCCAUGGAGACCGUCGUCCUGUCCACAGGGGAAGUGUCCGUGGGACAGCAAGGUUGUGGUGGCCGUGUUUUCCUUCGUCAACUUUGGACUGUAUUUGGCCGACCUGAUCUAUUCCCAGAGGAUAAGAUUCGUCUCCUCACAUAGGCCCAGCAACUCGCGGGCCUAGCAAUCCUUAUUUGGCAUUGGUUUAAGUUAUUUAUUUGCCUCAGUUUAUGAUUUUUAAUAUUUAAAACUAUAGAAAAGGUACAUUUGUAAUGCACAAGUUUCCCAACCCAGGUGCUGCACUUACUCUGCUGCUGAGACAUCAUGAAUUUGAACUGAAAGCACUCUUGUGGAAUUUCACUGCCACACCCUACCAUGGCAAAACUGACCCCUUCUUUCUUAGGAGCCAGCCUUACCCAGACAGUCUGGACCCAAUGUAUGUCCUGCCGAAUCCUCAAAAUACAAGACACUCCCACUAUUCUUGACCUGUGACACAACACACACUUCCUUUCUACUUGUAUUUUUGGUCAAAUAAUACAUAAAAGUCUUGAAUAUAAAUAGCAAACCUGGUUUUGGCAUCCAUGGCAUCCCUGUCAUCUGCGAACCCCACACCAACGAUCUACGGACUCAGGCUGCCAAAAAUAAACACGAGCCGUCUGCACUCAUAGUAAAGCCAUGACACAGCAUUUAUAAGAGGCUGGUGUCUUUAAAGCCUCUCUAUGAAAUGCUUUCCUCAGUCUAUGCAGAUGAGGAGAAAAUUAUCAGCCGCCCUGUAAGAUUUAAAGUUUUUGUCAAAAUUUUCCCAAGCGCCUUUUUUAACAGAGCAGGGGAUUUUCCGCAUAGCUUUUCUAAACAAACUAGUUUUCUUAAGAAAGCGUAGAUUAUUUCUGUUUGCACCCAAUAACGAAAUAAUUUCAGAAAAUAACAAAGAAUUACCAAAAUCAAUUUAAACAGAGUAUUAAAACUUCAGCAGUGUUUGAGCUGUUGCUUGAGAAAGCAUCAUGCCAAAAGCCAAAAGAAAUCAGUUUAGACUUGAGAAAAAGAAUCGCCGAUGCAAAGCAUGGCAUGACUAUACAAAGUUAUUACAGCAUUUCAAGAACUGGAGAGAGAGGUAUCGUGAAGAAGGUCAAAGAGAGCCACAGAGAACAGAACAAGCAAUACUCUGGAAAGAAAAUGUGAUGUGAUGUUUAAAGAUCCCAGAAACACUGCCAAGACACUAUCGAAUGACUUAGCCAAUUCUGGAUGCUAUUGCAGUCAGGACUCAGCAACCCUGUACUGUGAGAUUGCAUAAGAGCUCCACUUCUGCAAAAGAUAAACCUUCAAGCCAGACUGAAGUACGCUAAUGACAACCUGGAGAAACACUGGAGGCGCAUCCUUUGGUCAGCUGACACAAAACUAGGGCCACAGACAGACACAGCUUAUGUUUGGAGAAUGACUUGUAGCUGCCUCCGUUUAUCUUAAACUGGGAAUCUCUACGCACCAAGGGACACUAUGAGCAUGGUCAUGGUGGCCAAGAAGUGUUUAUACAGUCUCACAGAGUAAUCACAUAUAACUCAAUAUGUGUCCUUAUUUUGCUUUUUCUUGUGUUCUGUCACAUAUGUACACAUUGUUAUGUUACAUAUAUUGUUACGAUGGUGGAUGCUCAUGUUAAACAUAGCCAGGAUUCAAAUAAUGAGGUCAAAGUAUGUAAAAAAGCCAAGUUUCAGACAUCUUUUUUCUACUCUUGGGUCUGAAUGAUGUCAUAGAGAGUGUAUAUGAAUAUUAUGGCCAUCUUGGGCACAGAGCUCUGGCUUCAAACGAACUGUUUGUAAGGGGUAGCUAAGCCCCCAGUAUAUGGUAAGCUGUGAAUAAUGCAAAGUUACUCUAGUUAAUAUUAUGGAGAUGGAAAUGAACAUAAUAGAUCCUGUUUAACUGAUAGUUAAAAGGGUUGUACUAUCCUUAUUAAAAAUGACCUGUGUGAUAAUCCUUGUAAACCGUAUUGAGACACUAUGUGAUUUUACAUUCAAAUAAACUCAGAUUUGUUGAUUUAAAGCUUCUGUAAUAACGUAUCUUCCCAUGAGUGAACUAAUUAGUGAAUCUUUGAUUGGUGAUCUCUGAUAUUUGUAGAGACCAAAACAAUAAUGAUAACACCAAUUAUUGUCCUUGCUUUUGUUUUUGUAUGGAAACUUGAUUUAAAAUGAGCUCUAAUGUUGCCCUGCACACCAUCUUUGAUGACAUCCUGGUGCUGUGUUUAAGGCUUGUGCUGCCACCAAGUGUCAAAAUAAAUAAUGAAUUCAGCGCACUAUAUUAUAUAAAAUAUGUUUACAUGUGUUUCACCACACAUGUAAUAGUCUCUACGUACAUUCCAUUUCUCUGAGCAGAAAAAAAUGUCAAACCUUUGAGCUAAACUUCAAUGAGUUUUGUUCAGAUUUUACAUUCACCUCUGGAGUCUGUAGACAUGAAGCCAAAUGACCUGCAUCAUGCUGCCGCUGCCACACGACUGAGGUGGUGAAACACAACCUGUGUAAUGAUGGGUGGAAGUUUGUCAGUGUGAGGCUUGAAUUAUCUCCAACACAGGACUGCUUGUCUAUGUUCACAAUGUGCCAUCUCCUGUAUGAGCCUCUUUCCUUUUCCUUUCCUUUCUUUAACGUCUUUCUAAUGUGCAAAUUCAGGAUGACAUCAGUCAUUUUGAUCGUAUGACCCAUCAGAUCUCCAGAAACACUCUUCAGGCUUUGGUUGUAGAUCAUUAAAUUGCUAGACGGUCUGAUUUUUUUACGCCGCCAUAUCUGUGCACCUUCAGGGGGUAAAAAGGCGCAAAGACGGGUCUUUCUCUGUCUGUGGUGCUAGCAUUCACAGGGAUAAAACACAAGAAGAGAUCUGAUCCGCUCAGCCUCUCUUUGUUCUCCUCCAUUAAGAUUUCUCUCUCCUCCACAUUUUCACACUCCCUCCCUGGAUUUAUUUCUCACACAUCAUACCAGUUACCUCCUCCUCCUCUUUGCUUUGGUCACCUCAGUGAAUCUCAUCUCUCUAAUCCAGGAUCAAUGUAGUGCCCUGUCACAUCUGUGAGUGCUAUGGAUGUAUUAUAAUAAGUCCUCGGGAAGCUGCUGUGGCACAGCAUACGUCUCGCAAAAACUGUUCUUGCUGCUCAGCAGCAAAUCCGCCACCAGUUGGCUGCUCUCAUCUCCAAAUCUGUCUAAGACAGCAGAAAACGUCACUGUGCGACUUGGAGAUUUGCUAUUUUCAACAUUGUGCCAAUUUA